GGGAGAGAGCUCGCUGGAGAAUUUAUCUAGAGGCAGGAAGACACUGCUAACAGACCACACAUAUGAAAAAUGGAAGUGGGUAGAAAUGCAAGUUCAGGGACUGGGUAGAGAGCUGAGCCAGCGUUCACAGGACCCUGGGCCUGCUCCCCGGGCUCCAUCGCUAGCACCAUUUACACCAGAUGCUGCCUCGAGUGGGGUCUAAGGAAGUAGAAGCAAGAGAAUCUCAAGUCAAAGAAAUGGCCUCCGCCUUCAACCCCAGAGAGUGUAAAUUGUCCAAAAAGGAGGGGCAGAACUAUGGCUUCUUCCUCCGCAUUGAGAAGGACACUGACGGUCACCUGGUCCGGGUGAUUGAGGAGGGGAGCCCAGCAGAGAGGGCAGGGCUGCUGGACGGUGACAGAGUGCUCAGGAUCAAUGGGGUCUUUGUCGACAAGGAGGAGCAUGCGCAGGUGGUGGAUCUGGUCAGAAAGAGUGGGAAUUCAGUGACUCUGCUGGUUCUGGAUGGAGACUCCUAUGAGAAGGCUGUAAAAAAUAAGGUGGACUUGAAAGAACUGGCUCAAAGCCAGAAGGAGGCAGCUCCGAUUGAUAAGAAACCGGGCUCUGGGGUGAAUGGAGCAGUGGAGACUGUUGCCAAGCCACGGCUCUGCUACCUGGUGAAGGAGGGCAACAGCUUUGGCUUCUCUCUGAAAACUAUCCAAGGUAAAAAGGGAGUGUUCCUGACUGAUAUCGUACCCCAGGGCGUGGCCAUGAAAGCUGGUGUCCUGGCUGAUGAUCUCUUGAUUGAAGUGAAUGGAGAAAACGUAGAGAACGCCAGCCACGAGGAAGUGGUGGAAAAGGUGACAAAGUCAGGAAGCCGUAUCAUGUUCCUCCUUGUGGACAAAGAAACUGCCAGGUGCCAUAGUGAACAGAAGACCCAAUUCAAGAGGGAGACAGCCAGCUUGAAAUUGCUGCCCCACCAGCCUCGGGUUGUGGUAAUCACCAAGGGCAGCAAUGGCUACGGCUUCUAUCUGAGGGCAGGCCCUGAACAGAAAGGUCAAAUCAUCAAGGACAUAGAACCUGGAAGCCCAGCAGAGGCUGCUGGUUUGAAGAACAAUGACUUGGUGGUUGCUGUCAAUGGCGAGUCUGUGGAAGGUCUUGAUCAUGAUGGUGUGGUGGAAAGGAUUCGAAAAGGUGGAGACCAGACUACUCUGUGGGUGCUGGACAAAGAGGCAGACAGCAUCUACAGCCUGGCUCGUUUCUCUCCACUUCUUUACUGCCAAAGUCAAGACCUGCCUAACGGCUCUGUCAAGGAAGCCCCAGCUCCCACCCCUGCUCCUCUGGAGGCCACAGGCUCAGACACCACAGAGGAUGCGAAAGAGCAUAAACCCAAGCUCUGCAGGCUGGUUAAAGAGGAUGACAGCUACGGCUUUCGCCUGAAUGCCAUCCGGGGUCAGCCAGGCUCCUUUGUCAAAGAGGUACAGCCGGGUGGCCCUGCUGACAAGGCCGGGCUGGAGAAUGAGGACGUCAUCAUUGAAGUGAACGGGAAGAAUGUCCAGGACGAGCCGUAUGAGAGAGUGGUGGAGCGGGUCAAGAGCAGCGGGGAGCAGGUCACUCUGUUGGUCUGUGGGAAGGUGGCCUACUGCUACUUCCAAGCUAGGAAAAUCCCCAUCGUGUCUUCCAUGGCCGACCCCCUGGUGGCUGGCCCUGAUGACAAAGGAGAGACAUCGGCAGACCACCCAGCAAAAGAACGAACUCUCAGCACAGGCUCUCACGCUUCUUCCAACUCUGAAGACACUGAGAUGUGAAGAGAACAAACGAUGCUUCCUCUUGUGGGUCCAGAAACUGCCUCUCCGAGGAAGGAGCCCUGCUGACCCGGUCAGACCUCCUCUAGAUCAUCUGUCCCUGAGACUGUCUGCCGUUGUAAGGGCUGCUACUGCAGGUUGCUUAUUUAAGCUCAGCUUAGCUGGAGGGAGGACCAGGUUCAGGUUCUUUCUAUGUGGUAUCUUUCAAAGCGCAACUUUCCACUUCUGUUGAUGAAACCUCUUACUUCUGUAGGCUUGAGCAUCUGGGAUGACUUACUGUGUCAGUGGGAGCACUGCUAAUUAAAGGAUCAAGCAGGAUCUGUUACAGAACUGUGCUUUUGUAGCAAGGUUGUGGCUAAGCAGCACCACUAGGUGCUUUUGAGUUGCUUGCAACAUCCCUGUUGGCUAACAGAAUCUGAACAGUAUCUUUGUUCAAUAAAAACAUUUCAUGCUUUCUUAUUUGCUCCAGAAGC